UCCAUAAAAAGGACCAAAGGUGACAGCAGCAUGACUGUCUGUCUGGGAGACUUAAGUCUCUCUGUACCAGAGGCUUUUGAUCUUUUAGCUCUCUCUCACCGUAGCAGACGGGUAGCAGACGGAACACAACCUGGUCUCUAUCUCUCUCACUCCUAGGCCAGGACCCUCACAGGAUUCUACACCAAUUGCAUACAAAAGCACUAAAGUGGCUCAAUAAACAUCAAAAAUGAGUAUUCUCAAGAAGAGUAUUCUCAAGGAGAAGAAGAUCAAAUUCGACGAUGUCGAGGAGAGUGCAACGCAGGACAGCUCGAUCGGGGCAGUACGAUGGGAACUGCCAGAAGAUCUACAGACUCACAACUCAGCACCUACCUCCAAUAAACAAACACUCAGCAGCAAACCAUCCAGACAACAGAGCCUAAAGGACAUGCGUAGCCUGCAUGACUGUGUUAGAUUCAUCACACAGUGGAAACAACAGGUGGAGGUCGUCUGCAAGCUCAGAAAGAAUGCCAGAGUGGACCAGCAGAGCGUACAGAGUCUGGAACAGUGUCGAAAACUCAUCCUCCAAUGGGCAGAGGAGUUGAAGAGAGUGGACACAAGUUCCUGGAUACAGGAGCGAGGUGACUUCGUAGACCUGGAGAAGAACAGGGAGGAUCUUGACCCCUCCACACAGGCAGAGCAGAGGAUCAUGGAAUGGGCUAAGGAGCUGCAGAGUGUCACAGAGAGAUGUGGUCUGAUGAGGGAUGAGCUCACCCAGAUGCUGAGACGGCUGGAGCUGAAUAAAAAGAAGCUGGUGACCCUCCUCCCCUUCCUGGAGUUCAUCACCUGGUCUCUACUGAAGGAAGAGGACAGCAGCACAGGUAUCGUUCCCCAGCUAUGGCUGGCUAUGAAACAACGCACCUGGAAAACAGAAACGCCUAAGUACAUCCCAAACUCAGUGUGGAACUGGAUCUGCAGUGCUUCAGUUGACGUUAACUUGGACCCUAUGACCAACCACCCGUGGCUGCUGCUCUCAGACGACCAUAAGAAGGUCCAGGAGGCUCACUGCACGACAGAGGUGGACUUCAGCACGCAGCGCUAUGAUGGCUGGCCCUGCGUCCUGGGCUGGGAGGGCAUGUCCUCUGGACGUCACUACUGGGAGGUCACCCUGGCCAACAACGGAUACUGGAGAGUCGGUCUGACCACCGCCACGUCCAAACGCCACGGUCGCUUCCCUAUGACCCCCGCCGAAGGCUACUGGGCCCUGUGGCGCAGCACGAGGCAGUUAUAUGCCUGCACCAAGCCAGAGACCUCCCUGCCCCUGGAGAUGCUGCCCCGCAAUGUGGGCAUCUAUCUGGACUUCGAGGAGGGUCAGAUCUCCUUCUACAACGUGGAGACCCGGGCGCACAUCUAUACAUUCACCGAUAACUUCAAGGAGAAGCUGUAUCCACUGUUUGCUCCGCUGGAUGGACGCACCCUCAUCACCAUCUCAUCGCCGAAGUAUGUCAGAGAUGUAGACUAGGCACCCCCUACCUAAUCUCAGAACCCCAAACUCGUGUGUCUGUCAGAAGAGCCUCUACCCAUCAUAGGGGCGGUUCCUGCUAGUCCUGGACUAAAAAACUAACUCAAUGGAGAUUCUCAGGAUUAGCCUUAAUCAGUGUGAGUGAAACCACCCUAUGGUUUACAGCAACAACAGAUAACCUUGAUCCUGGAACCGUGACCUCAAAAUAUCUGUUAAGAGCCCUCCUAUUGCCUCCAUGGAUGAUGUAUCUAGUAUCUAUGAAUUAUCUAUUUAGUAUCUAUGUAGUAUCUCUGAAGUAUAUAUUUAGUAUCUAUACUGAACAAAAAUAAACGCAACAUGCAACUAUUUCAAAGAUUUUGCUGAGUUACAGUUCAUAUAAGGA